UGCUGGUGCUGCUGCUGCGGGUGGACAUGGGGAUGGGGACCUUAGUAUGCUUGACAGACCUAGCGGCCUACAGCAACCUAUCGAGGGCAUUCCCGGGCUGCUCCACCCCCCCGGGCAGACCAGACAACCGUCGAAUGCCCUCUAUUACCUAUCGCCUCGCCCUCUCGCCCGCUCUCGCUUCCCCGCCGGGGGCCUUAUCGUAGGUGCCCGAUCCCCACGGCGUCCGCUGCCGCGCUCCACGUCCAGUGCCCGUAAAACGAAGAAAUAGAGCAAAUACAUAAUAUCUAUCGAUACAUAUAUAUCAUUACCCCUCUCCGCCAACCCUACCAUUCACCGUCGUCCUCCUCCUCCUCCGAGUCGGAGGGUCGAGAGCGCUUUAAGGUCCCUAACCGCUCUAGUCAGCAAACAAUAGCAACCCUAACCGCUCAUCUUGCGCUUCUUUUUUUUUCCCUCCAUCUCGUUUGUAUCCCUCGACCCUCUGCCACCGCCGCCGGUCUCGACCUAGCGCAGGGCACGGCCCAGACCACCUACCGCAUAAUAAUCCGCAGGCAGCGCGACGCGGCGCCGACGACUUCGAAUCCAGGCCGUCCCGCCUACAUACCUGUACCACCACCGCCGCGUCGAGAAGGGAAGAGAAGAAGAAGAAGGAGAAGAAGCGACGAAAAGGCCAUGGCCCCCUCCGCGAUCACCGAGACCGAAGCGGUGCCCCCCGCCGGCGGCCCGGCCGCGCUCGAGGCCCCGCAGAAGCACGCGGCCCACGACGCCGUCGUCGACGCCGAGGGCCGGGAGAAGACGCCGCUGGAGGCCAUCUCGCACGGCAUCGUCAUGCCUGGCAUCCCCACCUUCCCGACGUACACGGCCCACCGGCGGCACGUCCUCGUGCACAUGUCGGCCAUCUUCCGCUUCUUCGCGCGGUCGGGCUUCACCGAGGGCCAGUCGGGACACAUCUCGGUGCGGGACCCGGAGUACGGCGGGCUGAUGUGGAUGAACCCGCUGGGGCGGCACUUCGGGAUGCUCGCGGCCGGCGACAUGAUCUGCCUCGACAUCGCGACCGGCCGCGUCGUCGGCGGCAACACCUCGCGCCCCGCCAACGCCGCCGGCUACCUGAUCCACUCCGCCGUGCACAAGCGCCGCCCGCACAACAUCCACGCCAUCUGCCAUGCGCACUCGAACGCCGGCCGGGCGUGGAGCGUGUUCGCGCGACCCCUAGAGAUGCUUAAUCAAGACGUGUGCAACUUCUACGGGGCGCAGGCCGUGUACGCGCGGUACGGGGGCAUCGUGUUCGCGGCGGACGAGGGCGAGCACAUCGCGGACGCGCUGGGCGCCGCGAGCAAGGGCGCCAUCCUGAUGAACCACGGCCUGCUCACCGUCGGCGCCACCGUCGACGAGGCCGGCUUCCUCUUCGGCCUCAUGGACCGCGCCUGCGCCAUGCAGCUCCAGGUCGAAGCCGCCGCCGCCGCCGGGCUCCCCAAGAACAUCGUCAGCGACGACGAGGCCGCCUACAACUUCCGCAUGGCCAGCGAGCCCAACGCCCUCUACCGCGAGGCCCAGCCCGACGUCGAGUACGAGCUCGAGAGGGCCGGCGGCGAGCACGUCCUCGCCAAGGGGUUCGAGAACCUGCAUCUCUCUCCGUAGGACAAGGGGGGAAUCUCCCGCUGUGG